AUGUCCGCAUCCUGCAGAUACACGUAUGAAGAGUACAGGGAGACCGCGGACUGGCUGUUUGCCAAGACUGAAGUGAAACCAAAAAUUGCCAUCAUCUGUGGCUCAGGCCUUGGUGGUUUGGCCGAUCUCCUGGAAAAUAAGACCAAUAUUUCUUAUAAAGAUAUUCCCAAGUUCCCUCAGAGCACAGUACAAGGGCAUGCAGGUCAGCUGGUCUUUGGAGAAUUGAAUGGGAAGCAGUGUGUUUGCAUGCAGGGCCGCUUUCACUUCUACGAGGGCUAUGACAUUGCCACAGUAACAUACCCUGUGCGAGUAUUCUUCCUACUUGGGGUGGAGACACUGAUUGUGACCAAUGCAGCAGGGGGACUAAACUCCAACUUUAAUGUUGGGGACAUCAUGUUGAUUAAGGACCAUAUCAACAUGCCUGGCUUUGCAGGCCAAAAUCCUCUGUGUGGUAGAAAUGAGGACAGGUUUGGAGUGCGUUUCCCUUGUAUGUCAGAUGCUUAUGACAAAGACCUGGCCCAUCUGGCUAGGGAGACUGCAGAAGAGCAGGGCUGUGCCUCCUUCCUCCAAGAAGGAGUGUACUGCAUGCUGGCAGGACCCACGUUUGAGACCAUCGCAGAGUGCAGGAUGCUCCAGAAACUUGGGGCAGACGCUGUCGGAAUGAGUACAGUUCCUGAGGUGGUGGUGGCACGUCAUUGUGGUCUGCGAGUCUUUGGGCUUUCCCUCAUUACCAAUAAGGUGGUGACAGAUUAUGAAAGUAAGGAAAGAGCAAACCAUGAGGAGGUCCUGGAGACCACCCGUAUGCGCACUCAACACCUCCAACAGUUGGUCAGACGUCUAGUGGAAAAGAUGUAG